AUGAACUCGACGACCUGGAUUGUGGAUAGUUAUGAAGAAGCUCUUGCUAAAAACAUUGUGAUCGUUUCUCUUGGUCUUAUCAUUAACUUCAUUAACGGAAUGCUAGUGGUGACUUUCUUCUCCAAUCCAAUGUUUUCAAGAGACUCCAGAUACAUUUUAUACAUUCACCUGGUAAUCACUGACAUGCUCAUGAUAUUCAUAUCAGUGACUUUAUAUGUGUUGACGUAUGCUUCACCACUUGUGAAUGUAUCAUUGUGCUGUGUAUUUAUUUUUCUGGGUACAACCACUUUUAUGAUCACUCCAUUGAAUCUGGCUGGUAUGGCAAUAGAGCGUUUCAUUGCUAUCUGUAAACCACUGCAUCACUCUCAGAUUUGCACACCACAAAGGACCUACAUCUUUAUAUGUUUGCUAUGGGUCAUAGGGGCUGUACGUUUUAUAGCAGAUGUCAUUAUUUCACUUUUAACCCAACCCGUAUCUUUCUUCAGAUCAUUUAUACCUUGCUACCCAAAUUAUUUGUUCCCUUCCAAGAGCAAUCAGGACAAUACCACUGCUUCACAAGUCAUCUGUAUGUCAUUUGUGUGGAUAAUUCUCAUUUAUACUUAUUGCAAAGUCCUGUUCACUGCCAGAAAGGCUGUUUCAAAGGGUUCAGCAAAUAAGGCUCGGAGUACGAUACUGUUGCAUGGUGUCCAGUUACUUCUUUGUAUGCUUUCCUAUAUCACUCCUUUUAUGUUUAUAAUUAGUACUCCUUUUUUCCGUCUUCACCAAACUAAGAUCACUUUCUGUAUUUAUCUGUUAACUAAUAUUUUGCCAAGAUUGCUAAGUCCUUUGAUAUAUGGGAUCCGAGACCAGAAGUUUGUGAAACAACUAAAGGAAUACUUUACCUGUAACUUUGUUAUUGUAAAGAUAAUGCCAUCGUAA